AUGGUACACACAUCUGCCUGGACGGAUGUCGCCAUCCCCAACAUCGACAUCUGGACCAUGUACAUGGAACAGCCCAAGGAGUACCCAGACAACCACACUCUCCUCGUCGAUUGCGACACCAACCGCUCCUACACCUUCGCGGACAUCAAGGCCCAUUCCAUCGCCUUCGGCAGGGGCCUGAGGCACGUCUUCAAGUGGCAAAAGGGCGAUGUCCUCGCCUUCUUCUCCCCCAACAACAUCGACACCCCCGUUGUCAACCUCGGCCUGCACUGGGCGGCCGGCAUCGCCAGCCCCGCGAACCCGACCUACACGGUCGACGAGUUUGCGCGCCAGCUUGAAGACUCGCGCGCCAGGGUCGUCGUCACUCAGAAGCCUUUCCUCAAGACGGCAUGCGAUGCGGCCGCCAAGGCUGGCAUUCCGCGCGACCACAUCAUCCUCAUGGGUGAUGGGCGCGACGAGACUGGCAUUCACCGCCACUGGACCGACAUCAACGCCAAUGGCGCAUGGCUGCAGCCCUCCAAGCCGUCCGUAGACCCGAAGAAGGACUUGGCGUAUCUGGUUUAUAGCUCGGGAACGACUGGCCUCCCCAAGGGCGUCAUGCUGUCGCACUACAAUGUCGUCGCCAACUCGCACCAGUCACGGCGCUUCGACAUCAAGACGCUCAACUGGGACAUUGACGCGCAGAUCGGCGUCCUUCCGUUCUUCCACAUCUACGGCCUUGGCGUUGUCCUCAACGUCACCCUCAUCAGCGGCGCCAAGUGCGUCAUCAUGCCCAAGUUUGACCUGCAAAAGGCGUGCCGCAUCAUCCAGGACCACAGAAUCACCUUCCUCUACGUCCCGCCCCCGAUCGUCCUCGCCUUCGGCAAGGCCCCCGUCGUCAGCCAGUACGACCUCUCCUCCGUCCGAUGGAUCAACUCCGCCGCUGCGCCCCUCAGUCGGGACCUCGUUGUGGCCGUGUGGGAGCGUCUCAAGAUUGGCGUCAAGCAGGGCUAUGGACUGUCCGAGACGAGUCCCUCUGUCCACACCCAGCUGCAGGACGAGUGGUGGCGCUUCCAGGGCUCUGUUGGCCGUCUGCUGCCCAAUAUGCAGGCCAAGAUUGUCGACGAGGAGGGCAAAGAAGUACCCGCCGGUGAGUCUGGCGAGCUGCUGGUCAAGGGCCCCAACAUCUUCCAGGGCUACUGGAACAAGCCGGAGCUCAACAAGGACACCUUUACCGAGGACGGCUGGUACAAGACGGGUGACGUCUUCUACGUCUGCCCCAAGGGCAACUACUACAUCACCGACCGCAUGAAGGAGCUCAUCAAGUACAAGGGCUUUCAGGUCCCGCCCGCCGAGCUCGAGGCCAAGCUCAUCGGCCGCGAGGACAUCGCCGAUGUCUGCGUCGUCGGCGUCUGGGACAAGGAGCAGCACACCGAGAUCCCUCGCGCGUAUGUGGUUGUCCGCCAGGGCGUGGAGGAGAGCGAGGCGUUGGCAAAUGACAUUGUCGCCUGGCUGAACGAGCGCGUCGCGCCGCCCAAGAAGUUGCGCGGUGGCGUGCGCUUCAUCAAGGAGGUGCCCAAGUCGCAAGCCGGCAAGAUCCUGCGGAGACUGCUGAGGGACCAGGCCAGGAAAGAGGACGAGGGGCCCAAGGCUAAGCUGUAG